GCCAGCUGGCAGGAAGAAGGUCAGCAAAGCUGCUGAUAAGAGGAGUAUAAAGAGGGCUUGGUUCAUGGCAAGGGGGUAGUGGUCUGCUCUGUUGGCAACAUGCUUCGUUUCCUGGUGUUUGCCACCUUGGUCCUUCAUGGACACAGCACCCAGGACGUUCCAGAAACCAACGCCCGGGUGGUUGGAGGGAAUGAUGCCCGGAAGAAUUCUUGGCCCUCUCAGAUUUCCCUCCAGUACAAGUCUGGAAGUAGCUGGUAUCACACCUGUGGAGGGACCCUCAUCAAACAGAAAUGGGUGGUGACAGCUGCUCACUGUGUGGACAGCCAACUGACCUUCCGUGUGGUGGUUGGAGAACACAACCUGAACCAGAACGAUGGCACUGAGCAGUACGUGAAUGUGCAGAAGAUCGUGGUGCAUUCCCAGUGGAACAGGAAUAACGUGGCCGCUGGUUAUGACAUUGCCCUGCUGCUCCUGGCCCAGAGCGUCACCCUUAACAGCUACGUCCAGCUAGGUGUUCUGCCACAGUCGGGAACCAUCCUGCCUAACAACACGCCCUGCUACAUCACAGGCUGGGGCAGGACCAAGACUAAUGGGCAGCUGGCCCAGACCCUGCAGGAGGCUUACCUGCCUUCCGUGGACUAUUCCACCUGCUCCAGCUCCUCCUACUGGGGCUCCACUGUGAAGAACACCAUGGUGUGUGCUGGAGGAGACGGAAUUCGCUCUGGAUGCCAGGGUGAUUCUGGGGGUCCCCUACACUGUUUGCUGAAUGGCAAGUAUGCUGUCCAUGGAGUGACGAGCUUUGUGUCCAGCCUGGGCUGUAAUGUCUCCAAGAAGCCCACGGUCUUCACCCGAAUCUCUGCUUACAUCUCUUGGAUAAACAAUGUCAUUGCCAGCAACUGAACAUUCUCCUGAGUCUGACGGCCUUCCCAAGACGAUUCUUAGAUCCACAGCAGGACUUGAGACCAUCAAUGAAAAAAGAUUCUAAGAAACUAUUAAGCCACAUGCAGAAAAGCAAAUAAAACUACAUUAUCAUCGUG